AUGUCGCUAAACCCGGGCCCGGACUCUCUGCAGCGGGGUCCGAAAGAGAAGCAGGAUUCUCUGGAAAAGAUCUGUAACCCAAUACUGUCCAAAGAGGCAAACCUCAAGGCAAAAUAUCCAAAUCUGGGACAAAACGGCGGUUCUGGCUUUCUGAUGAAGAGGAGUGAGUGGAGCCAGAAGUACUUUGACUCGGGCGAUUAUAACGUGGCAAAAGCCAAGAUGAAGAGCAAACUCGUGCUGGCAACCGGUCCUGAAGACAAGCUGGGGACCGGAGACCAUAUUCCCAAACCACAGGAUCUUCCUCAGAGGGAACCCAGCGCCCUCGCCAGCAAACUGGCCGGAGAAACACACACACACACACACACACACACACACACUGAGGCGAGUCGUGGCGUUUAAUCUCGGGUAGUUGAGGGAUCGGAACCUCUAGAGGAGAUCCAGACACUGAAGAUGCAGAUCA